GUAAGCGAUGAGGGACGCGGUCGAGCUCAGCCUGCAAAGCUGUCGUGCCGCGGUCGCGGAACCGCGGUUCCUGCUACUGGAUAGCGCACCGAGCAUCAAAAGGCCCGGUGGCAACGUUACAGCAAGCGCUGUGGCCACCGAUACGACGCCGUACGCGCUGCACGUCGCCAGGGCGGAGUCGUCGCAUUCGACAACGACGGCUUCCAAGCCGAGCAAGUCUCCAAAGUCUUGCUCGGUAAAGACGAAAAGCAAGGAGGAUGAUGCCAAGGCUCCACCAGUGAAACCACCUUAUUCUUACAUCGCUCUCAUCACAAUGGCGAUCCUUCAGAGCCCCGAGAAACGACUGACGCUCUCCGGGAUUUGCGAAUUCAUCCGGAACAGGUUUCCCUUCUACCGGGAUAAGUAUCCCAUGUGGCAGAAUUCAAUUCGUCAUAACCUGUCGCUCAACGAUUGCUUCGUGAAAAUCCCCAGAGAGCCUGGCAAUCCUGGCAAGGGAAACUACUGGACGCUCGAUCCAGCCAGCGAGGACAUGUUCGACAACGGAAGCUUCCUCAGGCGCCGCAAGCGGUACAAGCGACAGCCACCCGAUCCACUCGGCGAUGGAUUCUUUUUCGGGGAUCUACUGAGGCAGCACCCUCUCUUCCCUGGCGCCCUGGUUCCACCAAUUCCGUACCAGCAGGCGUUCCUGCCACUGCCGGCGCUGCACGUGCUACCACCGAUGACCUCGGUUCCACCGCCAGUCGUACUGAGCGGGCGCAAGCCACCAGCGCCGAGUUUCAGCAUAGACAGCAUCAUAGGAACGAAACCUCGCCCCGAAGACGUAGGAUUCUGUCGACCUUGCCUCCAGCAGUGGCCCCCUCGAUGAUGGCCAGGCUCCCGAGUGUCCACUUUUGCUGACCUAUUCGAUCGGCAGGAGUGACGCCACCUGACUGCGAUGCCCGUGUUCCACGAACGCUUCUCGAGGAUGACCCUCAUUGGUGUCGGUGGGUGUCACCGCGGACCACGCGCCUUGAACGUUGCGGACAAGUCCUCAAGAGUAAGUCCCUCAUUGACGAAGACUUUCCUGAACAUUGGCGCGUGUGCUUGGAACUGGAACCCGGACGCUGUUCAACUUCACUCAGCACGCUCAUUCAUUCCUUGAAUGCGGGAGAUUAGAUGUUAAAAUAAGCUUGACAACGUAGUUGACCCCUAUUGUACACGCCGUGGUGAAUCAAUGUAGCUACAUUCAUUCCCAUUUUAAUCGUGGUGUUAGGCAGUUCCAAGUUGUAGGCGCCAGUUUCGCAAAUAUUUGUAAUCCUAACUUACCAGUGUCUCAGCAUUGGCGCUCAUUUCGAGAGGGCGAAAGCUGCAUGCAGAAACAAAUUUCCUAUGAUCUACUGAGUUAUUCUGUUUAUACCAUGAAAUGUCACCAUCAAUAGUGUAUUCUGCUCGACAUAACCAAAAGAGAAACAUUAUUUCCAAGAAAUGCGUAUAAACAUGUUGCGAUUUAUGUAAACGAGCCUGUCUUUAAAAUAAAGAAUUUAUGUUCUCACGAAGCAA